AUGGGACAAGAACAAACAAAGCCAACAUCAUCGGAGCCUUCAACUCCAUCAACUCCUUCAUCAAUUAAUAUUCCCUAUACAUCGUUUUCUGUUCCUAAAAUUCAGGGAGCUUCAUCUAGUGCCUUGAGAAAACUUUCAAUCUUGGGAACACCAACAAAAUCCUCAACAACACCAACAGGUGAUCAAAAAACACAAAAAACCGGAGAUGAUGAUAUUAUAGCUGUGGUGACUCUUGAUGGACAGGGAGAAGCAAAAGUGGAUGAAACAUUUCCAGAUGGAAUUAAUGAUGUAAUUGAUAGUAGAAAUAAUAAUGAAAAGGAUGAUUUAUUAAGAGAAUUAAAACAAUUGGCAGAAUUUUAUCCUUUGAUACGAUCAAAAGUGGAACAAAAAUCGUCAACUUUAUCUAGUAUUUUGAAAUUUAAUGCAAAGGAUUAUUUUUCUACAUCUAAUAAUAAUCCAAAUGUAUUUACUGAUCCAUCACUUAAAGAAUUAGAUUGUAUAGAUGCUAAACCUCUAGUGGAUAUUUGUGCAGAGUUCCAAACAAAUGCUAUGCAUCAAAAUCGAGCUGUGGCCUUCAGACAAGAGGAAGUUUUAAAGUUAUUGACAGCCACCUGUAUAAAAUCUAACAAUACACACAAAUUAUUGGAAAGGAAGAAUGCUGAAUUGCAGAAUGUUGCAUCAGAAUUAAGAGAUGCUGAAAGAUUGAAUAGAUAUGUGGAACAAACAAGAAAAUAUGUAGAUUUAAUAAUUUUACAAGUUCAAGAAUUGGAAUCUCUGCUUCCUCAUUCAGUAAGAGCAUCAAUAGAUACACCUCUCUUUGAAAAAUGUAAUAGUGAACCUUUAUUCUCUGAACCAACAGAACAAAACAAUGCAAUUGAAAAAUAA